GUACUAUGUGCAAGGAGUGUGUCGGGAGGGAAGUAAGUGUCUGUUCUCCCAUGACUUAUCCACGAGCAAAUCCUCCACCAUCUGCAGGUAUUACCAGAAGGGACACUGUGCCUACGGAGCUCGGUGCAGGUAUGACCACACCAGACUCCCUGCGCUGGGGGGGGCGGCAGCCCCUGCGCCACCUCCCCACUCCUCAGUGGCACCGCACAACCCUCACCAUCCCUCCAAGCAUGGCGCGCCGGUGAUCUGGAGCAAACCGCAUGAGACUGGCAAGCGGGAGAAGAAGACGCUUGUGCUCAGGGACAGAAAUCUGUGUGGCUUGAAUGAAGACAAGCAGAAACCCAAUGCCACAAGCAACAUGGUGUGUUGCAGUGACCAAAAUGACAGCUUGGAAGUGAAGCCCCACUCGUAUUUGGAAGCUAUUUGCAGCGGGCUGGAGGAUCCGGUAGCUGGUGGCUCCUGUGCCAACGGGGAGCAGCUGUGUCCUUACGCCGUGGCAGGAGCGUGCCACUUUGGGGAGCGCUGCCUUUACCUCCAUGGAGAUGUGUGUGAGAUCUGUGGGUUGCAAGUGCUUCACCCUUUCGACCCACAGCAGAGGAAGGCUCAUGAGAUGAUGUGCAUGGCAACGUUCGAGCAUGACAUGGAGAAGGCCUUUGCCUUUCAGGCAAGUCAGGACAAAGUGUGCAGCAUCUGCAUGGAAGUGGUGUACGAGAAACCGUCGGCCUCGGAUAGGAGGUUUGGGAUCCUUUCCAACUGCAAUCACACGUACUGCUUGUCUUGCAUCCGGCAGUGGAGGUGUGCCAAGCAGUUCGAGAAUCCCAUCAUCAAGUCUUGCCCGGAGUGCCGUGUGAUAUCUGAGUUUGUCAUUCCCAGUGCGUACUGGGUAGAAAACCAGGAGAAGAAAAACGAGCUGAUGGAAGCAUUUAAGCAGGGGGUGGGGAAAAAGCCCUGCAAGUACUUUGAGCAAGGGAAGGGAACGUGUCCCUUUGGAGGGAAGUGUCUGUACCUUCAUGCUUACCCAGAUGGGACACGAGCCGAACCUGAGAAGCCGAGGAAACAGCUGAGCUCGGAGGGGACCGUGCGGUUCUUCAAUUCUGUUCGCCUGUGGGACUUUAUUGAAGACAGAGAAAGCAGGACUGUGACCAGCACAGACAACGAGGUCACAGAACUUGGAGAACUUUUCAUGCACCUUUCUGGGGCGGAUGAGGCACCUGCUACCUCUCAAUAAGGAGAACUGAAGAUGCUCCUUUC